UACCUGUAUAACCGGAAACAGAAACUGAAGCCGUCAGCCGGUAAAUUGGGCCGGCAGGGUCACUCCAGCAGGCCCAUAAAGGAAAUCUUCGGGUCGUGAGAGGAUAUUUUUACAAACCCCCCGUCUUUCGCCCCUGAUCCCGCAUCCGGCAUCUCCCACUCCUCCUCCGGCACCUGCUCCGAUCCCGCGGACGCCGUCCGCUGCCUACAUCGUCUCCGGCGAGCUCCCCUGCCCCGCCAAGCAAGGAUGACUACUUCAAGGCGUCUUGCUGACAGGAAGAGUGCGAAGUUUCAGAAGAACAUUACAAAGAGGGGCUCAGUGCCUGAAACUACUGUGAAGAAGGGGAAUGACUAUCCUGUUGGACCCAUCGUGCUUGGAUUCUUCAUCUUUGUCGUCAUAGGAUCAUCCUUGUUUCAGAUUAUCAGGACGGCUACUAGUGGUGGGAUGGCUUAAUAUCGAGCUAAAAACAAGACUAUCAUUAUCAGAGAUUUAUUAUCCAUGUGUUUGGGAGGCAAUAUCAUAUCUGUACCCUGUAGCAAACUUCGACCCUGAUGAUGUUAUGUAGAGAUUUAAAUCUUGUGCAGUCGUGUUUACCUCCUGUUACCAAGAACCUAGUCUAAACUUGAAACUAAAUGGUGCAAGUUGAAACUUUAAAAUUAUAUAAAACUUCAAAUAUCCAAGGUAA